UGAAAUAACAAUAGUUAAAUCAGUUAACCUUGUGGCCUAAUAAUCUGAGUGUCUGUUUAUGACCACGCCUGCCGCAAAAGAUUUUUCCGAAAUUUAACUAUGGUCAACUAAUCGGACCUUACAGCAUCGCUUAUGUAUGGGGAAAAGAGUGUAACGUUACAGUUUUUUCCUCAAGCUUAUUCGAUGUGAGGUCAUCUGCCUUCUAUUAUUGAUCGCUAUUUAAGUAGGUGUACAUACCUUAAUAAGUUAUUGUGCUAUCAGUGAAUUUUUUUUUUCUUUUAGAAGAAUAAAUAACAUGACCAAGGCAUAUGAUAGAUAUGUUUUAGUUACUGGAGGAGCGGGGUUUAUAGGCUCUAACUUUUUGAACUACUUUGUUGCAGCAUAUCCAAACUACUAUUUCAUUUGCAUUGAUAAGCUAAACUAUUCAAGUAAUUCCUCAACUAAGAAUAUAAGAAGUAUAAUAUCAAAGACAAAUUUCAAAUUUAUAAAGCUUGAUUUGGCGGAAUCUUUUGAUGAGUUAUAUCAACUUAUUGUUACAAACAAUGAGCAAUAUCCAAUAACUGAUAUCGUGAACUUUGCUGCUGAGUCCAGUGUUGAUAAAUCAUUUGAAUCUCCAUUAUAUUUCACUAGAAAUAAUAUUUUAAGUACUCAAAAUUUGCUAGAGUGUUAUAGACUUUUAAAAGAAUCAAAUUCUAAUAUUAAGAUAAAUUUCUUGCAUAUUUCUACUGACGAAGUGUAUGGUGAUUCGAAUAUUGAUGCUGUUGAAUAUGGCACUUUAAGACCAACCAAUCCUUAUUCCGCGUCAAAAGCUGCCAUAGAUCUUAUAAUAAGUUCCUAUCAGUAUUCAUACAAGUUACCUAUUUGCAUUAUUAGACCCAACAAUAUAUACGGACCUUAUCAGUAUCCAGACAAAUUAGUUUCCUUAACUUUAAAUUGUCUCAAGAAUAACAAGAACAUACCACUUCAUGGAAAUGGUUCAAAUAAAAGAUGUUAUUUACAUGUGAGAGAUUUUUUGGAAGGGUUAGAAUUAAUAUGGACUAAAGGUGAUAUGGAUGGAACUUACAAUAUUGGAAGUGAGUUUGAAAUCGAUAAUUAUUCUGCAGUGAAAUUGAUAUGUGAGGCAUUUAUUGGAAGCAAUAAAGGGUUAGGUGAAAGAAUUUCUUUUGUUCCAGAUAGAAAUUAUAAUGAUUUACGUUAUUCUAUCAAUUGUGAUAAAAUGAAACUGUUGGGCUGGGAACCAAAGAUAGAAUUCAGAGCGGGAAUAGAAAAUUUGAUAGAAAAUUUUUAUGAAUCUUUAUAGUAUUAGUCUAUCUAGA